GGACGCUUUAAAUAGUUACAACACGAUUUUUCUGAAAAAAAAAACGCACGUUGAAAAGAAGUAAAAUACCGGAACAGUCCAUCUCAGAACACAAGAACAAAAUCGGAACAUGACAGCAAUAUAUUUGUGUGUUGACCAGUAAAAGAUGGAAUGGCUUCGUGUAGUAAAAAAUCAAGACAGAGUAACACAUCCAAUGGAAGAUCUGUAUUUCGUUCCAUUAGUCAGGCCUUCCCUCAUUAUGGACCUGUUGACAUGGGAACUAUUACGAAGGUACCUAUCUCAAAGGCUAGAGUUAUUUCCCUUAUUACGUUUUCCUGGUUGACACCUGUCAUGAUGUGUAUAUAUAAAAAGGGAAUUGUAUCUGUGUUAGGAUUACAAUGGUGGGAAGAAGACACUGCUGAAGCUAAUGUUAAUCUUUUAAGUGAGUAUUGGAAGAAGGAGAUGGAAGAGCGUGGUACAGAGAAAGCCAGUUUGGGUAGAGCUAUCAGAAAAGCAUACAGUAGCAGAAUUAUUUGUUCUUUAUUGUCAGUCCUAUUUAGUUUAACUUUUUCAUUUGUAGCAUAUGCUGGUAUUUUACGACUUCUGUUAGAUCAUGUUGCUUCUGUUAAAUCUGACAUUGUUGAAGGUUGUGUUAUUGUUACUAGUCUCAUUGUUUGUGAAUUAUGUCGAUCUUUAUCUUACUCACUCACCUGGGCACUUAAUUAUUGGAAUGGUGUACGGGUGAGAAGUGCUAUUAUGGGAUUGUUUUAUAGAAAAAUAACAAAGUUACGUAGUUUACACGAUAAAAAAAUAGGCGAGUUAGUAAAUAUGUGUAGUAAUGAUGGCCAGAGAUUAUUUGAAGUUAUGGCGAAUGGACCAUUUGUUAUUGGUGGACCGGUUGUAUUUUUAGCCGGUUCUAUAUAUCUGGGCUUUUUGAUUGGUGUGUGGGCUUUAAUUGGAUGUGCAACCUAUGUUAUGUUUUUUAUUAUUUUAAAAUUUGUUGCUGGUUGGACAGAGAAAUUUAGAAGUGAAGCUAUACAACAUACUGGUGAUAGGGUUGGCCUAAUGACUGAAAUAUUAACAUGCAUGAAACUUAUUAAAAUGAAUGCUUGGGAAACAGCUUUUACAAACAGAAUUAACUGCAAACGAAAAAAAGAGAAAAGUGUUUUAGAAAAAGCUUUAUUCCUUCAAAGUGUUAUGACAUCAUUAGUACCUAUGAUGCCAGUUUUGGCAUCUGUAUUUAUUUUUUUAGCUUAUAUUUUAUCAGGAAAUAAUCUAACAGCAUCGCAGGCAUUCACUUUAGUCUCUGUAUUAUAUGCUAUGAGUUUUUCUCUGGCCUUAAUGAUGCAUGGUGUUAGAACUUUAUCAGAAGCAUCAGUUGCUGUCAGUAGAUAUAAGGAAAUUUUAUUAAUGGAUGAAAUUAUUGAACAUAAAAAAAUAGAAGAUGAUGAUAUAGCUAUUCUUAUAAAAGAUGCAUGUUUAAGUUGGGAUGCUCCUCAAGAGGAAUAUCUAGAAUGUGAAGAUAGUGUAACUAACGCUGUACUAGUAGAUGAUGUACCAUAUAUAAACAAUAGUAUGACUACCUAUAGUACACGAGAUGAAGAAGAUGGGGAGAACAAUGAUGAUUAUGAUGAUGAUGUAUUUGAUGAAGAAAGAGCUCUGUGUGAAUUAAAGAGAGAAGGAAGUAAAAUAGAUUUGUAUGAUAUUGAUAUUACUAUAAAAAAGGGAAAUCUUGUUGGUAUAUGUGGUAUGAAAGGAAGUGGAAAGAGUUCUUUACUAGGAGCACUUUUAGGACGGAUGGAUUUCAAGUCCGGAUCAAUUGGUGUUAAUGGCAGUGUUGCUUACUUAAGCCAAGAACCCUGGAUAAUCAAUGCUACAGCCCAAGAAAAUAUUUUGUUUGGUAAACCUUUGCAACCAGACAGGUAUAAAACUAUAAUAGAAGCUUGUCAUUUGAAUGAUGAUUUUGAAACUUUUGGUGCCAGUGAUAAAGUGGAAAUUGGAGAUCGUGGAAUUACUUUAAGUGGAGGACAGAAACAGAGAAUAUGUUUAGCUCGAGCUCUGUAUAGUAAUAGUGAUAUCUAUUUAUUAGAUGAUCCUUUAUCAGCUCUAGAUAUCAUUAUUGGUAGACACGUGUUUCAUCAAUGUAUUAGAAAAAUUCUCAAAGAUAAAACUGUUCUCUUUGUUACACAUCAUCUAGAGUAUUUGAUUAGCUGUGAUAAAGUAAUCAGAAUGCAGUCUGGUAGAAUAGCUGAGAUGGGAACACAUAAAGAACUAGUGAUGGCAGGAAAAGAUUAUUUUGAAUUGUUUAAUUUAUAUCAAAGUAAAUAUGAAGAUAUUAAAAGAGAAAGAAUUAAAUCAGCUAUACAUCGAGAAGAUCGUAAAUCUGUACAGCAUGGUUUCUCAAAGAAAGAAUUAUUACGAGCUUUAAGUCAUAUAUCUAUAAAAGAAGGUUUACAAAAACAAUACAGUAUUAUGUCAUCAACCAGUGUUACAGCUGCUGCUUUAGGAGACUAUGAUUAUAUUGAUAUAGAUGAUUUGGUAGCAGCUCAACAGAGUAGUGAGAACCAGUUACCAAAGAAAGUUUUCCAUAGUUACAUAAAAGCUGCAGGCGGCUAUAUAGUAGUUAUAUUAGUGCUAAUAGUAUUUAUAUUUAGUAUUGGUUUACAGACGGGAGCUAAUUGGUGGCUUGCUCACUGGCUGUCCCAAAGUGAACAGAAUAUAUCUAGAAAUAGUAGUGAAGUUGUUUAUACCAGGAAUAUUGCUGAUGAUCCUAAUGUACAUAUUUAUUCACUGGUUUAUGGUCUGUUUGUUGUCUGUAUGAUAAUUGCUGUUGUUUUGAGAGGUUUAUUGUUUGUUAAGUUAUUACUUCGAGCUGCUAGUCAGCUUCAUAAACGGGUAUUAGUACAAACCAUGAAAUGUCCAAUGAAAUUCUUUGAUACAACACCUAUUGGUAUAAUAUUGAACAGGUUUUCAGCAGACAUGGAUGAACUUGAUGUUCGUUUACCAACUAACUGUGAAAUGUUCCUACAAAAUGUCUUCCUGGUUUUCUUUGCCCUGGCCAUGAUCUGUUAUAUUUAUCCCUGGGAUUUAUUAGCUGUUUUACCACUUGCCAUUUUAUUUAUUAUCCUUGCUUUGAUGUUUGCUCCCACCCUCCAACAGUUGAAGUAUGUGGACAACGUCACCCGAGCGCCGUUUCUUAGCCAUCUCGCCACCACAGUCGAGGGCAUUUCCACCAUACAUACAUUAGGUCAAGCAGACAGAUUUUCUAAGCAGUUUAGUGAAAUGCUGGAUCGUAAUGCUGUUCCGUUUUUUCUGUUUUAUGCUGCUAAUCGUUGGUUAGCUUUGUUUCUAGAUCUGAUGACGAUAGUUGUUAUUGGUGUUACUGGCUAUUUAGUUGUUUUAACUAAGCAACCAGAUAAUUCGGCUUUAGCUGGUCUAGCUUUAUCAUUUGCUGUUCAGAUAACUAGUAUAUUACAAUAUACAUUACGACUAGGUAUAGAAACUGGUUCACGUUUCUCAUCAGUACAGAGAAUACAAGACUACAUUGAGAAUCUUCAAACAGAAGGAGCCGUAGCCAGUGAACGUUGUAGUGUAUUAUCUGAUUGGCCUAAAGAGGGUGGUAUAGUAUUUAACAAAUACAAGAUGAGAUAUAAUGAAGGUCUUCCAUUAGCUAUGAAAGGUUUAUCAUUAACUAUUAAACCUAAAGAGAAAAUAGGAGUAGUUGGAGCAUCAGGAUCGGGAAAAUCAUCACUUGGUGUAGCUUUAUUCCGUUUGUCAGAAGCAGCAUCUGGUGCCAUUUAUAUUGACGGUAAAAAUAUACGAGAUAUUCAACUGUCUGUCCUACGAUCUCAUCUUUCUAUACUAGUACAAGAACCAGUUUUAUUUGGAGGAACAUUAAGAUAUAAUUUAGAUCCUACAUGCCAAUAUCAUAGUGAUGAAGAUUUAUGGAAAGCUUUAGAAAAAUGUCAUAUGAAAGGAAAGAUUUCUGAAUUAGAUAAAAAAUUAGAUACAAUAGUUGAAGAAAGUGGGCGUAAUUUUUCUAUGGGUGAAAGACAAUUGUUGUGUCUAGCCAGAACUCUUCUCAGACAUAAUAAGAUAUUAAUAUUAGAUGAAGCUACAGCAUCAGUAGAUACUAGAACAGAACAUCUAGUACAACAAACAAUACAAGAUGUAUUUAAAGAUUGUACAGUUUUAGUCAUAGCACACAGAUUAAAUACUGUAUUAAAUUGUGAUAAAGUUAUUGUGAUAGAUAACGGAAAGGUGGUGGAGUUUGAUUGUCCCAAUUCUCUAUUAAAUAAAUCUUCCUCCAAACUCAAACUAAUGCUUGAUGCCAUGAAAUCUCAACCUAAAGAAUCUAUGUCGGAAGAACAAGUAACAGGGGAGGUAAUCAGCUAACCAAAGUAGCUCCUGUUGCAGAAGUAGAACUUCGUAAUAUGAUGUUCUUUAGUCAAUAUUUUUGAACAAUUUCUUGGUUUUUUUUUGCUAUAUUUUUGCUUGCUUGAAUUACAAAUGUCUCCCAGACCCAUGGGUGUGAAACAAAGUCCUUUAUUGUAUAUUUUAAGCUCUAUUUAUUAUAAUUUAUUCUGUUGCUUUAGAAAAAUGUAUCCUAGAACUGUUUAUGUAAAUAAUAUAUUUUGGAAAUAAUAAAAACAACCACUAAGGCAUUAAUGCAUGUGAAGUACCACACACUGCAUUACAUGGGCUAUACUAUAUACCGGAAAACAUUGGAAACACUGGAAAACUACCGGAAAACACCAUGUUAUACUGAAUACUGGAAAAACACUAAAUACCGGAAAACACACUAAAUACCGGAAAACACCCUAAAUAGGUAACCCAGAGAAGGGCUAUACUAUAAACCAGAAACUAACCCUAACCCAAACCCAGGCACACAGAGGACCAGAAUCAAGAUUACCUAUUUAGGGUGCCAGUCUCUGGGUUACCUAUUUAGGGUGCCAGUCUCUGGGUUACCUAUUUAGGGUAUUUUACGGUAUUUAGUGUGUUUGUCGGUAUUUAGUGUUUUUCCGGUGUUUUCCAGUAUUCAGUAUAACAUGGUGUUUUCCGGUAGUUUUCCAGUGUUUUCCAGUAUAUAGUAUUGUCACAUUACACUAUUUAAACAAUUUUUCAAAAAUAUAAAGAAGUCAAUAUGUUCUUUGAGUUUACUCCGGUACUGAUGUUGGUGCUGAUUUAAAUAAUUGGUUAUAAAACAUUAAAAAUAAGCCCCAAAAGUAUCGGAAUAUGUUGCAUUGAACUACUUAAAUUUGAUUGAAUGUGUGUUCACUUAACUUCUUCAAAAGUGUUAUUUGUAUAUGUUUAAUUUUAGUGAAUUGCCAGAAUUGUUUGUAAUUAUGAAGAUAAUUUCAUUUCAACAGGUCUGAUUUUUCUCUGAGGUCAAAUAAAAAAACCAGUGUCAUUGAUCCGUCAAUAAAAUAGCUGUUAAAUCGCAGUUUUUCAAAAUCCUGUUGUCAACUGUUCAAAAGUAAUAGGACCCCUUUAUGGUUUUAAACUGAUUGUUCUUUGCAGGUACGUCAUAGGUUGUGAACAUUAUUUAUACUGCUUCAUAGAGAAGAGUAUAAAAAGCUGAAUUUAUGCUCUCCAAUAAAACUGCAUUUAUUAAACUAAUCUUUCAAUUUUAUUAAAAUAUAUUAUUAUGAAAUGAUUAAAUUUAUUACAUGUUAUUUUUAAAGAAUAGAUUAAAGGGGCAACAUGCCAAAUACCUCAUAAAUAAUAUAAUAGUAUGUACUAUGUUAAAGGUAUAUUAUGUAUGAUUUAGAUAAAGAGCUGCCUGUUCUCACUAUAACAGUUUAAAAAUAAAUAACGAAAAAUGAAUAUAUUGAAAAUUUCAGUUAAACAUACAUUACGCAAGAGCUAAAUCUGCCUAUUGCAAGUCUUUAUUUAGGCUUCAGAUGUUAUCGAAAUUAUUAAUUAGACCUUUAUUUACACAACAAGCUCAAAAUCAACCCUGUAGACCCACGGAUGGCUUGGAUACAGUUUGGAUUUAAACAGUCGUCAAUUUAAAAUUAAAUCAAUAAAUGGCGGACCAAGCUAACGUUUACCGUUAGUCGCUGAUGUCACUACCGGAAACUGGUGAUGAAAGGCCUGCCAAGUGAGGCUACCAUAGCCAUUGAGCAUGUUACUUGAUAAUCGAGAAUAUGUGGCUGGAGCUAUCGUCUGUCAAUCAAACAAUCGCCAAUUCUCAUAGACGGUGCGAACACAAUUGAUACCUAUUUCUAGUCCAAACUUCCAACAGUGACAAUUCCUUUCAGAAUAGAGUAAUUUGACUAAAAUUUUCAACAUUUUCUUUUAUUAUAGCAAGAAUGGCCAACUCUUUAUAAAACUCUUAACUAAAUGUAUCUUUAAGUUACUUUAUUCUGAUCAAAGUUUUGAAUAUUUGAAGUUUUUACAAGAAAUAGCGUUAAUCAAUCUGAUUAAAACACAGAUCUUAUUUCGGUGUGUUCUUUAUAGUUCAAAAUUUUGUUUUACUUGUCUUCACUAAACUAAGAUCUGGAAGGAAUGUUAAAUAACCCACAUUCUGGUUGAUGUGAGGGAUUAGCAAUCAAAUCGUCUGUCAUGCGGAACUGUGUGUAGACAUUUGCAGUGAUAGAAAAUAUAUCAAGCAAAAGUUGUAUUUCUGAAUAUCCAAUUGGAUCACUGAUGCUGAUUGGUUAUUCGAAUGACUGACAUCAUCUUCAUGUAGAAGAGGACAUUAAAAGUAUAGAUAAACGAAAUGAAAUACAGGUUCGAAUUUUAAUCAGAUUGGGCGUAAAUAGUCUGGAUUGUCAAGUACCAUUGCUAUGAUAAGUCUUGAUUGUCCAUUUUAACGAAAAUAUGACAAUGUCUAAUCCAUUUAAUAUCUCAGCCAUCCGAUGUUCUAGAGAGUUGAAUAAGUGUCUAAAUAAUAAUUUAUAUAACAUUUGAAUCCAGAAAAAAACCUGGCAAUAGACAGAUUUAGCUCUUACAUAAUGCAUCUUUAAUAGGCUAGCUUUUAUGAUAAAGCAGAAUUGUUGUUUUAUGGCAGGUGUAGAUCGAUACUAUUAAUUCAUCCAUAUGCCUUAAAUUUUGCUAAGAAGACUUUUGACUAUGUAUUGUUAACUCCUUUUGAGUAUCAUUUUGCUUGUUGAGCCUUUAAAAAAUAAAUAAUAGUUUCCCAUUCUAUUAAAGCCUUAGUGCAUCAUUUGUGAUUGCUAAAAUAUUCUUACAUUGAUUAUUUAACAUUUAAUUAAAAAAACAGCAUCAAAAUAUCAACUGUAGAUAAUCUCAGUCGGAUUAAAAGAAGGCACAUCAAAAGAUUUCAGACGGCUUGUUUGUGAGGGCUGUAAACAAAAUGGCCUUAAACCAAAACAGCCCACAAGUUUGGACAAAACAGACAUAAAGUAUUAGUCAAAACAAACAUAGAUUGGCCAUAAGGGCCAUAAAAAAUGAAUAUGAUCAAUUAAAUGAUAUAUUUAGAUAAAUUUGGUUUGUUUUGAUUCAAGUACAGUUCGGUUGUUUUUGGUUUUAAAACGCCCACAUUGAAAGGUGGUCGUAUAUUGUCGUCGCCCCCAUCCGUCAAUCGUCCACGAUUGCUAAAGUUAAUAUACAAUUCACUUAAAAUUUAUACGCAGUGCUUAAGGUCAUGAGUUGAAAAAUCCUAUUGAUUUUAGAGAACAUAGUUAUCAUCUGAUUGAUUUUAUAUUUAUGCACCAUGUUUAUGAUUUUAUAUUUAUGCACCAUGUUUAUGCUUAUAUAUAAUCGUUUUGAUUGACUUUAGAUUGAUACACAGAGUUUAAGAUCUUGAGACGAACAAAUAUAUUGAUUUUCAAUGAUUUUUGAUAACUUGAACAGCUAAAUCCAUGAUAUUAAGUGUUUUGUAUACUAAAUGUUAGCAUGGGCAUACAAAUUCUAAUGAUCUUCUGAUAAUUACUUAAUGAGUUGUUACUCUUACUCUUAAUCAGAUUUUAGUGUAUUAUAAAUGUUUCAUUACCGACAAAAGUAAAAAUAUGCGACAACUCUUGUUGACUGCCCGGACGGACGUAUGUUUCAUUGCCUGUCAAUCUAUCUUUGUCUGUUCUGACCAUAUCCUGUUUUUACUGUCCACAGAGGAUAUUGAAAAUUGAAUGUUGCGAAAUUUUCAAUUUAUCAUGUCUUUAUAAUGUUGAAGGUAAUGGAACAAUUUUUGGACUGAUUCUUUUUAGAGAUUAAACAUUCACAAUAUUGUAGUCUGCAGGGGACGUACCUAUCUCUUAAAUGGUGUUCAGAGACUUUAAUUGAAUAACAUGCUGGUCAUGUUUAUUAUAUAUACUUAUCUUUUGCUAUAUAUGUACAAUGUACUAUCAUAUAUAAAUAUUUCCUGUGGAAUUGUUAUAUACAUGUAUAGUCAAGUUAUAGUUUAUAUUUUAUGCCAACUUUUUUUUUUAUAUAAAUGUUUAUUUGAUUUUUUACACUAUACAAUCUUUGUUAGAUAUUGAUUUGAAUAUGAAGGACUUUAUAACAAUUAUUUCAAAAUCAUCAUAGAGAUAAUGAGACCUCCAAUUAAUAAUGCAGGACCUUAACCAGUGAGCACCUGUAAACCAGGUAAUGAUAGCCUUGUGAGACCUGUAAAUUGGAUCUACUAGUGUAUAUGUAGUCGCAAAUAUCACUAUACCGCUAUUUGCCACACCCUUGUUAAUCAAUCAUAAUUUGACACCGGAUAUGGCAUUCAGUCCAGCAAGGCUUCGAUUGAUGUUUCAAAGGGAAAGCAAUCCAAGAGUUGUGAAUAAAAGAACAAAUAAAAGGACACGGUCCCAAAAUGUAUGUUUGUCUGAAUCAAUUACAGAAAUAAAAUCUACAAUCUAUAACAUACUCACCAAGAAAAGAAUGUUAAUGGACAAAGUUUUCCAAAGAGCAAUAAUGGUUCAUUUCAAGUUUUAGUUUCAGUUGGUAUUGAGUAAACGCGUUGUUUGUCGGGUGUUGCGCUUGUGUACUAACUCAACUCACACAAAGAGAGUUAUUUUCAUCUAACUUAUUGUGUUGGAUAAAAUAACAAAUGGUCCAACUUGGUAAUAUUUUUAAAACUCAAAACCUGAUCUAGUGUCAUCUUUCAAAUAUAUCUAUUAUUCAAAAUUAAAACAUACCUGAAUCAUAAAAUUGAUAAUUCUAAAAACUUUAGUUUAUGGUUUGUACCAAUGUGAAAAUAAACAGUAUUUUUAUACUCCCAUGAGGACUUUAGCUAUUGCCCCUGUCCAUAGGUUACAUAAAACAGAUUAAAUAACAUUUGAUCUUUUUAAUAUAGGUUGUUUUACAUUAGUAAGGUGAGGAAGCCAAGUGAAUUUAAUGAAUUUCAUUAAUCACUUUUAGAGUUAUACCCUAAAAUCUUGUGAACUCUCUAAUUUAAAGAUACAUUAUGGGAGAUUAAAUAAAGAGCUGGUAGUUCUCA